AUGCUUCUCUCUCCUCAGAAAUUCCUUGCUCUCUUUGUAGCAUUUGGACUCCACAAUGUGGCUGCUCGAGCCUUGCCUCGAGCCAAUGAGUUAGCAUCGAUUUGUUCUACUUCAGAUUGUAUAUACGACAGAACCAAUUCCCAUCGGGGAGAUCUUUUCCCACGCAUCCCCGGUGGGCGGCCCAUCACUGUGAAGCCAGAGCCCAAACCCAAACCUAUAACCGAACCAAAUAGUCCCGCUAAGCCGGAUACUCCGACAACGGUAGAUCCAGCGACAACUACGUCGAAUGAUGCUCCUGAUGUGAUUCUGACGCCGACUCAAUACAAAACACGUGGCGAUACUGUCCAGAACAACCUCAAAGAUGCAAUAACCAAAAAGGCAGUUAGCAAGACAGUACAACCUGCAGGAACGGAUCCAGUACCUGGUGACGGGUCAGUUGCCAAUGUCUUUGACGGUUAUGAUCUAUGUAAUCUUGCAGGCGCCAAACCAGGCGUAUCAGUGACAAACGAAAGAAAGGUGUACGAGGAUCUCGAAGGAACAUUCGCAAAACCAGAACUAAACAUCCCGAGUGAUACGUCAUUCACUGAAAUGCAUUGGUUUGGUGCAGAAGAAAAUCUGAAUGCUCAAAGUUCAAUUGUUAAUUGGGGUGGAUAUAACGCAGAUAAAGGGAUCAUAGUAGUCAACGAUGUAGACUCAAGGAACGAUUUCCGUGGACCUACAGAUCCAAAGAAACUUGCCUCAUCCAGUAUCACCUACCAAUCCUUUCAAGCAAUUGCCGGGACUAAAGUUGGUGGCCUGAAGAUAGUUGUACAGAAAAAUGUGCCAAACCCAGGAUCCAGAAAAAUGAUUGCCGAUGCCUAUAAAAACCAAAAUCUGAAUAUUGAUUCGGACACAGGUGAUUGGGCAAUGGAUGCCAAUAAUUCAGCGAAGGAGAAGGCAUUUUUGACUCUUUUGGGUACUGACAAUGGAAGACCAACCAUAAAUAUGUUGACCGAUUUUCAUGACCCACUUGGGAACAAGAAGGUUACGAGAAUUUUGACGUAUCCACAUAAAGAUUGCGAGGAAGAGCUCAAUGAUGGGUUAGGAUGCUGGCAUAUGGCCUUGAUGAUUGGAACUUCCUGA